AUGUCACACCAUGCCCGCAUUGAAGAAGUGUCAGACUCCGAUCCCGAUGAGGUCGCUCCCUCUGAUUUGAUGGCGGUGAAUUCCAUCAUCGAGCCUGCAUCAAUUCCCAAGCAGUCGAUCCCAACACCCGCCGCGCCUUCGCCAUUGGCUUCAAUGGCCUCGAUAACGCAACAGCUCCCAGAGCCCCAACGCGAGAUCCCCAAGCACUUUCAAUGUCUCUACCCGGUAUAUUUCGACAAGUCGCGCUCACGGGCCGAGGGUCGCAAGGUUGGGUCCGAGCUUGCGGUGGAGAAUCCACUUGCUCGCGACAUUCUGGAUGCAGUGCAGAUGGUCGGGCUACAAGCUGGCUUGGAAGCAGACAAGCUGCAUCCCAAGGACUGGGCGAAUCCCGGCCGUGUGCGAGUGCUCUUGAAGAACGAGGAGGGUCGACUCAUAAACCCGAAGAUCAAGAAUAAGCAUCACCUUUACAUUCUUGUCGCUCAAUAUCUGAAAGCUCACCCUACCACUGAACAAUCGCCGUUUCGUCUGCGCAUCCGCGGCUUGCCCACGCCUGAAAAGCUUCCUGGGGCCCCUCCUGCCCCACGUGGCUGGAAGGUUGGCAAGAUCCUUCCCAUACACUCUCCAGCCUACAGCGGAGGCGGUGUUAGUGACAAUCCCUUCAAGGAGGCUAUGGCUGAGAUGCAGAACAUGCAUGGUAUGCCAGGUAUGCCUUCCAUUCCGGGCUUGGAAAACCUGGCCGCCAUGGGCGGGGAGCCCUCCGCGCCUACUGUCUCAAAAAAGGAGAAGAAGGAUAAGAAAAAGGGCAAGGCCUGA